AUGUACCACCCGUCAGAUAAUAUACCAUGGCAUCUACUUGCCUCGAAUCUUCACUGGGCCCCGGGUGAGCUUGCAGAGAAAAUUCGCGUCCUGAAUCUUCCUAAGCUUCCCGGCAAACUGAAGGAGAAAAGGGGCUGUGUGUGCGGUGUCACUAACUUGCACCCAAGUUUUCCUGCGCCUGAAUCUCCUGAUGAAGAUAGAUUCGCUCAGGCCUUUGUACAGGCCGUGUAUGAUGAUUCGAAACGCAAGCGAGCCCAAUACCCGGAAAAAUACAGCCCUCCCAGUCCCAGUGAUGUUCUCUUGGGGGAUGAGCUUGUUGGAACAAUUGAAUCACAUUUAUCCCAGCGGAUGAAAGGCGGGCCGAGACUUCCAUUUGAGCAAAGAACUGCUUUCGCAUUCCUCCACCCUUGCGUUAUUAGUGAUCAUUGCCGUUUCACGAGUAGCACUAAGAUCGGAUUCCUCAAUUUGGAGGUAGUGAAGAUGCUACUCAUGCUAGGCGAACUAGAUCCAAUUCUUCAGGCGUGCGCUCACCCAGACGUGGGAAUUUUAGGGUGGUACUCUGCUGCGUUCUGUGAUUGCCUAGCGAAUCCCUAUAAUCUCGGGUGGGAUGUGGUCCUACAUCGUGCUCUGUUAGCCUACAUUGCACUCAACAUCGCCCUUUGUUUCCCGAAAAUCUGUGACCCGACAGCGGGUAGAACUGAUGAAACCGACUAUCGCCAUACAGGAUUCUAUCAGUACAUGCUGAGAGAAAUCACCCAGUCGAUUGAUGGUUGCGAAGCAACACCUUAUCCACAUCAACAGUUUUUUGGAAUUCCCUGCGACCACUUUUGCGAUGAUAUGCGUAUGAAUGAUAUGAACCAUUGGCUCCAUCGCACAGACAUCAUCCAAGUCGGUCACCAUGGCCACUAUGGUCUACUUUCAUUUGAUGAGUUCCUCAAUCUAGAAGGGCCAUUGCCUGAUCAAUAUCAGCCGUCGCAAUCUGAUGUUGAAUCAGUGAAACAAAUCCUCCUUUCUAAGAGCUUUCCCCUCGAGAUUGUGUUUAUGAUCAUGUAUUUCGCCGAUUAUAAAGCCAAAAGGGUUCUCGAGGUCCCGCAUGAUCCCCUUCACCCUGCCAAUAGAGCUGAAAUGAAUCAGUACCUUGACCAAUGCUGGCAAAUCAUUAUUGGCUGUGAAAUCAUGAACCAUGCUUUGGGUGGGAAGAUGAUUGACUGGCGACAAGAAAUCCAUUCAAAAGUGAAGACCCUUUUUCACCAACCGGAAAGACCCUGGGUUCGGGGUCAGGGUCGGGGCCGGGGCAGGGGCCGAGGUCGGGGGGGUAAUUCUGUAACCGGAAGGAGAUGUUUUGAUAGAUAG